AUGGGAUUGCCAGAACUCGAGAGAAUCGCUGCAACAUCUGAGGAGAAUAUAUAUGCUGUUGCCUCAAACCAGCACAUUCUCAUUAGGCCAAAGUGGCCUCUCAUUAGUGAAAUUAUGUUGAGUUUGAGAGAAGUGAUGGCCAAAAGAAAAAGUCCGAGGGAAGCAAUGUUGUAUGACAGCAUGACUCGGAGUUUCCAAGUACCAUUCAAAAAAGAAGUGAAGUUAAUUGCAAGGCUCCAACACAGAGAUCUUGUUCGACUGAUUGGUUGCUGUGUUGAUGCGGAUGAAAAGAUGCUGAUUUACGAAUACAUGGAAAAUAAAGGCCUCGAUUCUUUUUUAUUUGAUAAAGCGAAAAGGUAUUUGCUGGAUUGGCAAAAGCGUUCCAACAUUGUCUGUGGGAUUGCUCGAGGACUUCCUUAUCUUCACCAGGAUUCGAGAUUCAAAAUCAUCCAUAGGGCCCUCAAGGCAAGCAACAUUCUACUUGAUGGAGAAUUGGACCCCAAGAUAUCGGACUUUGGAAUGGCAAGAAUAUUUGGUCAGGAUCAGACAGAAGCCAAUACAAAAAAAGUAGUGGGAACAUAUGGCUAUAUGUCUCCUGAAUACGCAAUGGAUGGUCUCUUCUCAAUCAAGUCGGAUAUAUUUAGUUUUGGUGUUCUAGUGUUGGAGAUUGUCAGUGGUCAAAAGAACAGAGUAUUCUAUUAUUCAAACAAUGAGCUAAACCUCCUAGGACAUUUUUGGGAGUUAUGGAAUGGAGGUGGAUAUAAUAGAUUCAUCAGUUGGUGAUUCAUUUUGGAAUCUGAGGUGUUGAGAUGCAUGCAGGUCGGGCUUUUAUGCGUCCAAGAGCGUGCAGAAGAUAGGCCUACAAUGUCCUCUGUGGGGUCUUUUGACUACAGAAAUUUUCUGUGUUCUGAUAUUGAAAUCUACUCCUAA